AAAACCCCCCAAUUCACAAUUUCUUUCUCCUAACUCCUCCGCAAAUUCUCUCUCCUCUCUCAGCCGCCAUAUCUGCUGAGCUUAGCUUCCAUGGCAGGCGGCGACAAAGCUCCCAACACCAAGCCAACUCCCGCAUCUCACCCUCGAGACAACACUUACCUCGCAGAAAUCAUCCCUAAGCGAAUCGCUCACUUCGAAGCCAUUAAAGCUGAGCAAGCUCUCGAACGUCUCUCCAUUUCCGGCGAACCCAUCAAGAUUACAUUGCCCGAUGGAAACGUCAGGGAAGGGAAAAAAUGGGUUACUACUCCACUUGACAUUGCGGCGCAGAUUUCGAAGAGUUUGGCUUCCAAUUCGUUGAUUUCUGGGGUUAAUGGUGCUCUUUGGGAUAUGACUAGGCCUUUUGAACAGGAUUCUGAUUUGAAGCUGUAUACUUUUGAUUCUGAUGAAGGUAGAGAUACUUUUUGGCAUUCUAGUGCUCAUAUUCUCGGUCAGGCUCUAGAGACGGAAUAUGGAUGCAAGCUUUGUAUUGGACCGUGUACUACUCGUGGUGAGGGUUUUUUUUAUGAUGCAUUUUAUGGAGAAAUGAGCUUGAAUGAGGAUCACUUCAAACAAAUUGAGGCAGUGGCAGCAAAAGCUGUUGCGGAGAAACAACCAUUUGAGCGAGUUGAAGUGACAAGACAACAAGCACUUGAGAUAUUUUCUGAUAACCAAUUUAAGGUUGAAAUUAUCAAUGAUCUACCUGAAGACAAAACUAUAACAGUCUACAGAUGUGGCCCUUUGGUUGAUCUUUGUCGUGGGCCCCAUAUACCCAAUACAUCCUUUGUUAAAGCUCUUAGUUGCUUAAAGGCCUCAUCUGCUUAUUGGAGGGGUGACAAAAAUCGGGAAAGCUUGCAAAGGGUCUAUGGAAUUUCUUAUCCCGAUUCAAAGCGUUUAAAGGAAUAUUUAAGGCAGCUGGAGGAAGCUAAAAAAUAUGAUCACAGGAUAUUGGGUGUAAAACAGGAGCUUUUCUUUUGUCACCCUCUCAGCCCAGGAAGCUGGUUUUUUCUUCCACUUGGUGCUCGGAUAUACAAUAAAUUGAUGGAUUUUAUUCGAAGUGAAUACAGGAAUAGAGGCUACGAGGAGGUAAUCAGUCCGAAUAUCUACAACAUGCAACUCUGGGAAACAUCUGGGCAUGCUGCAAACUACAAGGAGAAUAUGUUUGUGCUUGAGAUUGAGAAACAGGAGUUUGGGCUUAAGCCAAUGAACUGUCCUGGUCAUUGUUUGAUGUUCGAGCAUAGAGUGCGUUCGUACAGAGAACUCCCUCUCCGCUUUGCUGAUUUUGGGGUGCUUCACAGGAAUGAGGCUAGUGGUGCUCUCACUGGAUUGACUCGUGUUAGGAGAUUCCAGCAGGAUGAUGCUCAUAUCUUCUGCAGGGAAGGCCAAGUGAAGGAUGAAGUCAGGGCUGCACUGGAUUUUAUUAACUACGUGUAUGGAAAAUUCGGGUUUACCUUCGAGCUAAAACUUUCAACCAGACCAGAGAGUUUCCUAGGAGAAAAGGAGACUUGGGAUAAGGCUGAGGCUGCACUUACUGAAGCUUUGAAUGAGUUUGGAAAGCCAUGGCAGCUAAAUGAAGGAGAUGGUGCAUUUUACGGACCAAAGAUAGAUAUCAGUGUUUCUGAUGCUUUAAAGAGGAAAUUCCAGUGUGCAACUUUGCAGUUGGAUUUUCAACUUCCGUCGCGAUUUAAUCUGUCCUACUCAGCAGAAGAUGAAGCUAAAAGGGAGCGACCUGUAAUCAUCCAUAGAGCCAUCCUUGGCUCUGUGGAACGUAUGUUUGCAAUUCUUCUGGAGCACUUUAAGGGUAAAUGGCCUUUUUGGCUAAGUCCACGUCAAGCGAUUGUAUGCACUGUCUCAGAAAAAUCUUCAGCUUAUGCCCAUGAGGUGCGCGACCACAUCCACCAGGCUGGAUAUCAUGUUGAUGUAGAUACAAGUGAUAAAACCAUCAAUAAAAAGGUACGAGAAGCUCAGAUGUCACAGUAUAACUACAUACUGGUAGUUGGGGAGAAAGAUGCCGAAAACCGAGUGGUGACUGUUAGGGUAAGAGAUAAGAACGAUCAUUCGCCAAUGUCCCUGGAGGAUCUACUUAACCAUUUUGGCGAAGAAGUGAAAGCAUUCCGUUAGUUCUUCACUUCUUCAUGUAGCUCACAUGCAAUUUUGUAGCAGCAUUAUCAAAUAGUGGUUGUUGCUAGUUAUGGAUGAGUUUCAGUCUUUAUAGAUCACUCUUUUACUGACCAUUGAUGCUUAAUUACUUCGAACAAGCUGAAAAUUCUCAGAAUACAAUUAUUAAAGUGGAAUGACAAUUUGGGAUUGUUAAUGUACUGUUCUACUGCCAAAAUGAUCAUAUUUACUAUUGGCAUUCUAUUGAUGUUUAUGUAUUCUGUUCUCAAUUGACAAUUUUCGAAGAACUGGUUUUGUUUGGUCUAUAUUAUACUCUAGUAAGAUAUAUCAUUAUUGUGUAGGAUCAAAUUAAA